AUGCGAGACCUGGGAAUACCAAUGACACCUAUAGGCCUUGUACGUAGGAUAUCAGAAAACUACCGAGCUAGCUACAGGGGCGAGGUCGAGGUCGGGGCCGAUACGGGGGCCUUCCGGGCCAUCCGAGAUGGAACGAUUCAUGAGGAUCGUUACAGACAGUAG